UUUAUAAACUUUUUGGGGAGACAAACCUUGGAACAUCUUGAUCCCAGGCUGAUUUUUUUUUGUUCCCUUUUCCUUCAAUCUUGCAGAACUUGGAUCAUCUUCCACCUUAAUGAAGUACCUACUGUACUUGAAGGUUUCUUUCUACUGAAUACUGAUCAUAACUAACUGGUAAAACAUUAAGAAGUAACAAUAUAUGUACUUCCAAUGGCAUUUCAAUACUAAGAGUGGAGUAAAAAAAGAGGUGAAAAACAGCUGAAAAUAAAAUGAUUGAAAAGAAGAAUGAGAAAAGAUGUAACCUAGUCGAUGACUUAUACUCUGUUUCUGUUUCUGUUUGUAAACUGUUAGGGAUCUAGUCUACUUAUCGAUGUAACUUAGUCGCUUCUGUUUCUCCGGAUAACCGGAAACCCCGUACCGAUUUGCCUUUCUGGGUUGAAAUCAAUAUAUAUAUUAGAAAAAAAGAAGAAAAAUAGAGUAAUUAGUGUUAUUCUAACAAAAUUUCGAGUAAAAAUAAGUGUUAUUUCUCUGUCAAAACAGUAACAAGAGUAAAGAUGAAAGAGAUAACUUGGCUGAGUUGAUAAUCCCCGUUCACCUCAGCUUUUUUCUUUCCAAUUAGUAAAAAUGAUUCUUUUCUUGGUUUGCGUGGCUCAGAUUGAAGCAAAUAAAGUUAAGUCAAAAUUUUAAAUUUGCAACAAAUUAAAAACUUAACUCACUUAAAAAAAGAAGAAAUGAUUAAGUUGGAUGGAGAUUAUAUUUAGGUAAGGGCAUAUAACAUAUUAGUCUUUACAUUCUAAAAAACUACCUCUAGAAAUGUAUCUAGAUUGUAAUAAAAUUCUUCUGAAUUGACCCAAAAUGUAAAACAAAUUAGAAUUUAAUAUUAGGAAGGCUUGGGUCCAUACAGAGGCUAACACCAAUUAGAAUUUAAAUCAAAUUAGAAAAAAUCAUAUAAACAAAACAUUAAUUUAAGAAUCAUGAAUAAAAAAAAACAAAAAUGUAUGACACAGACAGUUGGUUAAUUGUAUUUGCUUCUUUGACUUGUCGGAAGUGUCUGAAAAAAAAAGAAAAGAAUGGACGUUAACUUUCAACGGACGGUCCAGAUCACUCCCACUCCGUAGAUGCGAUCCACAAAGAAUCCUUCCCUCCUUCAGCGCCAACGUCAAUAUUUUGGCGGUCGAUCAAAAAACAUUUCGAAAUUUAAAGAUUUUAACCCCCAAAACUUUUCAAACCAUUUCAAUCCCUGACGAAAUAUACACCUCAACCAGAUCUUCAUCUUCCUCACACAUUCUCUCUCUCCUCUCUCUCUCCAUCUUUGUUCAUUUUGCUUGUUGUGAUUCGCUCCAGAGACAACUCGAAUCUCAGUUACUUUGUCUGUGUUUCUUCUCUCUCUCUCUCUCAAUCCCUCAGAGAAAAUUAGGGUUCGAUUUAGGGCUUUUCUCUACACAAUCCGAAUCCAAUUUCUGUGCGAAACCCAGUUUCACUGAUAUGGUGAGGAUCCAGAAAGUAGAAUCCUUUUACGCCAAGCUCCGCGAAUCAGCCACUUCCUCCGAUUCACACAACCCUCUUCUGAUAUUCCCUUCCUCAUCCGACGUCGACUCGAUCUGCGCCCUCAAGGUCAUCACUCACAUCCUCGAAUCCGAUUCGAUUCAGUACUCUUGUUUCCCCGUCUCGUCGUUUCUCGAGAUCCACAAGUACGCAGGUCCUGGGCUCUGUUCUUCCUUGGAGAGUCCUGUGACUAUACUUUUGAUUAAUUGGGGUUGUCACCGUGAUUUGAAGCUUGUUCUUAAGCUAGGUCCUAAGGCUCGUGUCUUUGUGGUGGAUAGUCAUAGGCCUAUUCAUUUGCAUAACCUGAGCGAUGGUAAUGAGAGGGUUGUUGUUCUUCAUACUGAUGAUGAUGAGAGGCAAGCGGAUUUAGCUUAUGAUUUUGAUGUCUUGAAGUUGGCUAAUGAGAGUUAUCAGAUGCGUCAAGAAAGUGUUGAAGAGGAGGAGGAGGAGGAAGAGAGUGAUGAUGGUGAUAGGCCAAGUAAGAGGAGGAAGAUGGGUGAUGAUGGUGUGAAGCUUUUUAAGAAGCUAAAGAGAGAUUACUACAAGAUGGGGACUUUCCACGGGAAGCCAUCUGGUUGCUUGCUCUUUGAGCUGUCUCAUUUUUUAAGGAAGAACACUAACGAGUUGCUCUGGCUGGCUUGCGUUUCCUUGACUGAUCAGUUCGUUCACGAGAGGCUAACCGACGAGAGAUACCAAGCCGCGGUGAUGGAGCUCGAGCAGCACAUCAACAGCUCCGGGAACAUAGAUAAAGUCACGUCCGUUACUUUAAAAGACGGAACCAAGGUUCGAGCGCCAGACUGUUCGAGAAUCUCUUACGAAGAGGAGCCUAGGCUUAUGCUCCUGAGAGAGUGGAACUUGUUUGACUCCAUGCUCUGCUCCUCGUACAUAGCGACGAAGCUCAAGACUUGGAGUGAUAACGGGAUCAAGAAGCUGAAGCUUCUUCUAGCGCGUAUGGGGUUCGCGCUCAUCGAGUGCCAGCAGAAGUUUCCCUACAUGAACAACGAGGUGAAGAGGAAAAUGAAGCAAGAGUUUGAUCGGUUUUUGCCUGAGUAUGGUUUAAAUGAUUUCUACUACAGGAGUUUCUUGCGGCUUCAUGGAUACAGCUCAAGGGUCUCUGCUGCUGAUGUUGUGUACGGUAUCACAGCGCUUCUUGAGUCGUUUCUUGGUUCAGGUGGCUCUUCUGCUUCACAGCAGUUUGGAGAAGCUUAUGAUGCUUUGUCGUUGAACAAUCUUGAUAAGCUUCGGUCCGGGAUGCAGCAAGCAAUCAAGGUUCAAAGAGCGAUUCUCAGACAAGGAAGUGCAGCAAUCACCAAGACAGGAUGCAUCAGAAGUGGAAGGAAGUUCAGAUGGGUGAAGGUUGAGGAUUCUAUUGACGCUAAGUAUUUGGGAUAUCCUCAGGCUUUGACAAAGUUUUGUUACUUUCUGAUGGAUGCUUUGAGGGAGAAAGGAGCUAGGAUGAAACCGAUGCUAUGUGCCUGCGCAUCUCAAGAGCUAGGGAAGAUACUUGUGGUUGGAGUUUGUGGGAAGCCGAGGCUUGGUGCGGUAAGAGGGAAUGCGUUUGGUAAUGCUUUUAGAAAAGCAGCUCAAGAGAGUAGAGCCGAUUACUUUCAUGAGCUGUUUGAGUCUUCGUGGAUCGUCUUAGAUGCUUCUGCUGUUAACUCUUUCAUGAUUAGAUUAACUGAGAACCUUUGACAUAUGACUCUCAACUCUCAAGGUAUCUUUUUGUUAUUCAACUCAGAGUGUUUUUCUUUUACCAGUUUACAGUUUAUUUAUCUCACAUUGUUUGGAAAUUUACGAGAGUUUGUAAUAGGCAGAAUCUGUUAUCAAUCAUGUAACUUGUUUAAUCAAAUAACCAAAGGGGUUUAUGUUGAAAUUUGAUUCGUAUGGUGUUACUAAAAAA